AUGGAGAAGACUUUGAACAGAAUUCAUCUAGUGUCUGAUCCAGAAGAAACGUAUUAUCUACAAGUAUCAUGGGAAAAAGAUUUAGGCACUGGCUUUGGUAUAAUACUUAGUGAUGGUCAAUGUGCAUGGACUGGGAAAGUGUCUGAAGCUGAAAUUUCUAGGGAGGCUGCUGACAUGGAAAUGAAUAGGGAAAAGUAUGUCGAAGAACUGAGGAAAGCAUUGAUAGCUGGAGAAGAAUCAGCUAGCAAAUACAACUUUACUGUUUCAAGAGAUGAAGAAAAUACAGACUGUCACUUCUCCUAUGAAAGAAAUCUGAAAGAUGGCUCUUUUAGACUUGGAUCUCUGAAGCUACAGAAAGUUUCAAGUCCAGCGGAGGUGAUAAAGGAGCUGAUUGGUUGCUGCCUGGACCGGCUGCAAAGACUGCAGGCAAAAAAAGACCAUUUGCAAAAAGAAAAUGCGAGGCUUGUCAGUGACUGUCGCGAUGUGGAGAAGCGGCUGGAAAAAUGUGUGCAAGCUAAAGAAGAACUAGAGGCAGAUCUUUAUAACCGGUUUGUUUUGGUGCUGAAUGAAAAGAAGGCAAAGAUAAGAAACUUACAGAAGUUGUUGAAUGAAGCUAAAGAACCUGCAGCAGAUGCCAAACGUGCAAGGAAUAGUGCAGCUACCUCUCAGAUGGGUACAGGGAGAGAAAAUUACUAUGAUGGCAGCACUGAUGAGGAAAGUGAAAAUUUAACACGGGCCUCAUUACCAUCAGUAUCAGAACAAAGGGAUUCCCUUCUGUGUAGCCCAGAUGUCAUUGAUACCGCUCCAAGAAGAAAGCGAAGACAAAGGACAGCAGUGCCUGCUGGGACAGGAGCUAAGAUGGCUGCUUAUGAGACAGAACUGACAGCGGAGGAAAAACCUGAUCUGGCCCCACAGAAGACAUCGGGCAAGCAUUCCCCGGAUGUGAUGUCUCUCGAAACACUGGAAAACACUUGUGAGCCAGAGGACCUCUUUGACGACAUCUAG